AUGGUCCACUUCUCUACCAUUGCCCUGGCAUUCGCCAGUGUUCUUCCCCAGUUGACCCAAGGAGCCGGCUUGCACACCUCUGCUGUUGCAAAGGGAAAGCUAUACUUCGGAUCAGCCACUGAUAACCCCGAGUUGACCGAUGCUCCGUACCUUACCCAACUGAGCAACACAGAUGACUUCGGUCAAAUUACACCGGGCAAUUCGCAGAAGUGGGAUGCAAUUGAGCCGUCCCAAAACACCUUCUCCUAUACCAACGGAGAUGUAAUUGCCGACCUUGCUGCUAAGAAUGGUCAAAAGCUGCGGUGCCAUACUCUAGUUUGGCAUAGCCAAUUGCCCAGCUGGGUCUCAAGUGGCUCCUGGACCAAUGCGACUCUGCUUGCUGCCAUGAAAAACCACAUCACCAACGUGGUCACUCACUACAAGGGCAAAUGUUAUGCUUGGGAUGUUGUAAACGAAGCUCUUAACGAGGACGGUACCUAUCGUGACAAUGUCUUCUACAAAUACAUCGGCGAGGCAUACCUUCCCAUCGCGUUUGCAACAGCAGCCGCCGCAGACCCAGACACCAAGCUCUACUACAACGACUACAACAUCGAAUCAGCCGGUUCCAAGUCAUCAGGUGCCCAGAGAAUCGUCAAGCUCGUGCAGCAGUACGGUGCCAAGAUCGACGGCGUCGGACUGCAGGGACACUUUAUUGUCGGAAGUACCCCUAGCCAGAGCGCGCAGACUACCAACCUGGCCGCAUUCACAGCCAUGGGAGUUGACGUUGCCUACACUGAACUCGACAUCCGUAUGACUCUGCCAUCAACUACUGCCUUGCUUACCCAACAGUCGACCGACUACAAAAACACCGUUGCGGCGUGCAUGGCAAAUACCAAGUGUGUUGGCAUUACUAUUUGGGACUACACGGAUAAAUACUCGUGGGUUCCGAGCACAUUCUCUGGUCAGGGUGAUGCGUGUCCUUGGGAUAAGAACCUCGUGAAGAAGCCUGCCUAUGCUGGUAUCUUGGCUGCUCUGGGCGGUACAUCCUCCACUACUACUACUCUGGUCACUAGCACGACUACCGCCGGUUCUGGCGGUGCUACUAGCGUCCCGCUCUAUGGCCAGUGUGGUGGCUCGGGCUGGACUGGAGGCACAACUUGCGUCAGUGGAACCUGUAAACAGAUCAAUGACUGGUACUCGCAGUGUCUGUAG